AUGAGGUCCCUCCUCGUAAUAGCUCCUACCAAGGUCGCAUUGGCGAUCACGACAAUUGCCUUGUUCAGUUCCCGCCUGGGCGCUGCGAUAAACACAGCAAAUGAUCUCGGGUCUAAUACUGCGGUAGAUUGGAUCGGAAAGCCCGAUACAACUGCAACUGCGCACAUGCAGAUGAACAAAGCUUCGUCAAAUGACUUCCCCGUCUGUACCGAUCUCGAUGGGCCCUUCGCACCAUUCUGUCUCCCGCAGAAUGGAGCUGAGGUUGUGGUAGACGCCACUUACUACGUUACGUGGAAUGCCGAUUUCUAUCCCCUCAAUGCUUCUAUUACUAUAGAGAUGAGGUACUCGAAUUCCACCGCUGGAGACUCGGCAUUCACUUCCGGAAGAACUGACAACAGCUACGGGUACCUUCCCCUCUAUAUGCGCAGGGAAUGGCUCCAGCGAAAGGCGCAAAACGAUCUGACACUUUACCUUAUCGAACUUGACCCUGCGUCGGGCAUGCGAGCGAGUGUUCGAAAGGGUCCGAUGAUCACCCUUCAUCCGAGACCUGCAGAGCACUAUAGGCCUUCCCCUCCGAUGGCUUUCAAUAAGAUGGCUCUCUUUAUUGGCCUCCCUGUAAGCCUCGGGGUAGUUUUCAUUGUUGUGGCUGGUCUAUUCUUUGGUAUGCGGGACAGCAGAAGGAUUGGUCUUGAGAGUGUAACGGGAUCUCGAGGCACAGGGUAUGGGAUUGGAAAAUCCAAGAAUCAGCGCCUCCGCAGGAAUAGGAGCGAAACUUAUCGCUCUGAUGCUGCCUCAGCGCUGAAAAAGUAUACGGAUGAUACCGACUCCGGCUUGUCUGAAGUAGCAGAUCCCGAGCUGUAUAAUGAGAUUGAGCGCACUGCGAGAUUUGCAUUUAGGCAGGAUUCAGCGAGAUUGAAGAGCUGGAAAAGGUGA